AUGAAAAUAAACGAUCAAGAGAGCGUGCCCUGGGGCCUGCUCUUGGACCCCAGGGAGUCCUUCGGGGACCAUCGGGUCUUCCGUGAGCACCCGAACAGUUCGGCCAUCCUCGGCCCUUCUACUGAAUCAUUUGAUAUUCAGUGGCACACGUUUGAAAUACUUCUUCAUUUUACAGAUUGCCACAAAGGAUCGAAAUACGAUGCUAAAGCUAAAAAGUGUAUCUGCCAGUCCGGGUAUUUAGGUAGAACUUGUAGCAAUACAUGCAAACACCGUUGGAACAGUGAUGCAACAUACCUAUGGGAGAAUGCGUGUGUUCGUAUGAACAACGUGUGGGAAAACUGCCAACAGUCAUGUUCCGGAUGCAGAGGAGGAAACACACGACACAAGUGUAAGAACAACAAACCGAACUGGUGUCUACGCGAGAUGCUUCACGUUUUAGGAAUGGCAAAAAGGAAACUAUGUUUCUAUUGGAAAGAAAACUGCCCGAGAAUUUGCCUCAAGAGUAAGACAACAAACCGAACUGGAAAAACAAAAGAAAUGAAAAUGUGUUUCAAGAAUUGAUGAAGAUUCAACCACGGGAACUAAAAGUUGUAAUUAUUGUAAUGUCGAUCAUAUUGACACGUCAAAAUAAACAAUCUCAGCAGUU